AUGUUAAAGAAUGAACAAAGACACCAACACAAAGACUAUAUCGAGCUAUCCAUAAAGAACGACGAAGACGAACCUCCUGAUCACGAAGAGACAGAUGAGAAGAACCAACAGACAGAAGCUUUAUUAACAAAGGAAGAACCACAGAAUUACCAAGAAAAUGGUAGUAGUAGUUCUGAUACAUUCUUGUAUUAUGAAGAAACAGAUAAAAAAGAAGAUUCAAAUGAGAAUUCACUUGCGAUACAAGCAUUUCCUUCUUUAAUCAUUUCAAUGGUUGGGCUUAUAUUUGCUGGUGAUCUUAUGGAUGAGUUUCAGAGUUCGGAUGUAUUUUUAAAGACCCCAGAAUUAUUUAUCUUGUUGCCUAUUCUAUUAAAUCUCAAAGGAAACUUGGAAAUGAACUUGGCUGCUCGUUUUUCAACUUCGUCUAACCUUGGUGAACUGGAUUAUGGAACGACUCGUCGGUCACUCAUUCUGGGAAAUCUUUCUUUGUUACAAGUACAAUCACUUGUGGCUGGUGCCAUCGCUGGUCUAGCUUCAUUUGCACUUGGGCUGAUAACAAGACCAGGAAGUAAUUAUCCAAGUUAUUACGAAAUGAUGUUUAUGACAGCCAGUGCUAUGGUCUCUGCUUCUUUUUCUGCAGCUAUCCUGGGUAUAUUCAUGUGUGCCCUGAUCGUGCUCUGCCGGAAAUUAAAUAUUGAUCCUGAUAAUAUCGCUUGCCCCAUGGCGUCUUCAACAGGAGACAUCGUUACACUAGUAUUACUGGCAGUGUGUGCAUCCUUACUCCAGCAUCAAAUGGAGACUAUCCUCAGCACAGUAAUUGUCGUUGGCAUGUUGGCCAUGAUACCAUUAUUUAGCAUCAUUGUUUGGAGAAACAAACACGUCAAGGAUUUACUGUUUGCAGGAUGGACACCAAUCAUAUUGGCCAUGGUAAUUUCAAGUCUAGCAGGAAUACUCUUGGAAGAAUAUGUAGAGGAAUAUAAAGGCAUUGCCCUAUUAACACCAGUAUUGAUUGGGUUAGCGGGAAAUCUUGGAUCUAUUUAUGCAUCUCGAAUCAGCACUUGUCUUCACGCUGAAACAAAAGAAAGCUACAAGACGGUUGAAUAUACCUUAUUGAUCAUGAAUUUACCGGUUCAAGCUAUAUACAUGUUUAUAAUUUGGAUCUUUGGUUUGGGUAGACUACAGUAUAACUUUUGGUUUUUCAUCACAUAUUUUAUUGUAUCCAUGCUUUCUGCUUGGAUUUCAUUAAAGAUCGGCAAGUUUAUGACGAUUGUAUUUUGGAAGAUGGGCUAUGACCCUGAUAAUUAUGUGAUACCCUACCUUACGGCAUGUAUUGAUGUCAUUGGAACCAUCUUACUCGUGGUUACCUUUUCAGUUUUAACAUCAACAGGCGCAACAGAUAUGUCUGUGUCAGCUGCACCAUGA